AUGGUGGACAGCAAUAAGAAUCCGGUGCUGACGGCGGAGGCCGCUGCUCAACUACAAGAGGGCGUAAAUUUGGUGCUCUCCCGAUGGGCCGCUCUUCGAAUGGCCGUUGAGAAUGAGUGGGGUGGUCGUGAUUCUGUCCAGAAAUCCCAACAACUGGCCCAAAUUCUCUUCCACGCCCUCACUCAAUCCAAAGAGAAAGUAUACAUUGAAGAUUUAGAGGAUAUGCUGGAAGAAUUCAUGCUCUCUCUUAACACUGAGAUAGAUGAUGGGAGCAUUGAGGAGAUAGCAGAAAAGUUGAUGGUUAUGCAUGAAGAAUGUGCUGAAGGUAACUUUAACACAAUAAAAAUCCUGAAGGAAACAAAUACUCCAAGUGUUUCUUAUGUCAGACAGGCUCGUAGUGAUGAUGAAGAUGAUAGCGAUGACGACAACGAUCAUGAUGGUGAUAAUUCAACAGAAAUGACAGUUGAUGCUCCCGAUUCAAGUUUGAAUAAAGAGGACAUGAUGAUUGAUGAACCUAGACCCCAGGAAGUGGCUGAAGUAGAAGAUGGAUGGACUGUAGUUGCAUCCAAGCGAAAUAAAGGUAGAAGGAACUGA